CAGCUAUUCAACUCCAGAGAAGCCUAUAUUGGCACCACGAGAAACAAAGUGCAGCUCUUGGCACCACCUACCACCUUGAUUGAUCUGAUUAUUGAAGCAGUGAUGCAGUCAGUAGUUAACUCUUUACAUCAGAUCUAUAUACUGUAGUUACAUGUAAGAUGUGGUUGAAAUGUACACGGUGAGCUCUAACCUAGCCCUAACUAGGCUGUGUGGCUUGCUGCGUGCGGCUGCCAAGGUGCAACUCUAUCUCCCUGUUUCCGGAUACUGAGAUACUUGUGAAUCCUAUAUGUCGAGAACCCCCCGAGUAACAGAUUCAGCCGAAUGCUGCCAGUAUUAUCGGAGGAUUUCUCGAAUCUUGCCUGCCCUCAAAGGCUCAAGUCCGCAAUGAUGACGCUCACGACGUCGUCGGCAUCCGAAUCGCCUGUGACGCCAUAUCUGCUGUUCAUCAUAUUCAUCACCACCUUGGGCCCCCUUCAAUUUGGCUACCAUCUAGCUGAGCUCAAUGCUCCCAAAGACGUCAUCACCUGUUUGAAGAAAAGUAUUACUUUAAAAGGGCAAACAACAACUUCGGGGCUACCCCAAUGUAUCCCGAUGAAUGAGUUUCAAUUCGGCAUCGUUACGUCAAGUUAUACCCUAGGCGGUCUUCUAGGAGCUCUUAUUGCUGGCCCCUUCGCAACCAAAUACGGCAGGCUCCUCGCUCUCCGCGCGACUACGAUAUUCUUUGUUCUAGGCCCCAUUGCCGAAACCCUUGCCACCGGAAUCGAAUCGCUGAGUGCGGGACGGUUAAUCUCAGGCAUUGGAGCAGGCGCCGCGAUCGUUGUCGGGCCUAUAUAUAUAGCGGAAGUGGUGCAUGUGAGCCAACGAGGGUUCUUCGGCGCCUUUACACAGGUCAUGACCAAUGUUGGAAUAUUACUUUCCCAAUCUCUGGGGUACUUCCUAAGCAGAGAUAGCCUAUGGCGUAUUAUCCUUGCGGUUGCUGGUGCGAUUGGUGCUCUGGAACUGCUUGGAUUGUUCUUUGUUCCUGAGAGCCCCAUCUGGCUGGCUGAACAUCAACGUGCUAUCCAUGCGCGACGAAUCCUUCAGCGCAUCCGCGGAAAGAAUAAUGAUAUUGAACCAGAAGUAAAAGCCUGGCGAGUCCCACCUGGCGAGACUGAUACCCGAACAUCAGAGGAAGAAUCUCUCCUCACACCACCAGCCGGGAAUCUUCCUCCCAAGCGCCCCCCCGUCUCCAUGCUAGGGGUCGUCGCAAGCCCAACAUACCGCCCUGCAAUCAUCGCAGUCAUCGCCGUCAUGGUCACCCAACAAUUCACCGGCAUCAAUAGUAUAGUCAUGUACAGCGUCUCCAUCCUAUCUGACAUCCUCCCAACCACCGCCCCGCUGCUCGCCGUCGUGAUCUCCGCUCUCAAUCUCAUAGUUACCCUCCUCUGCGCCCCACUGGCCGAUAAACUAGGCCGCAAAACAUGCCUCCUCCUCAGCAUCACAGGCAUGGGCCUCAACUCCAUGCUCCUCGCGCUGGGCAUCGCGUUCAAUUUCCAAAUUCUCUCCGCCAUCGCGACGCUCCUAUUCGUAGCCAGCUUUGCAGUCGGGCUUGGACCCGUUCCAUUUAUCCUUGCGUCGGAACUCGUUGGGCCCGAGGCAGUUGGUGCAGCCCAGAGCUGGGCCCUGGGCGCCAACUGGACUGCUACUUUUGUUGUAGCGCAGUUCUUCCCGCCGCUUAAUGUGGCGAUGGGAGGGAAAGGGAGGAUCUAUUGGGUGUUCACGGCUUUGGCUGUGGUGUUGGGUUCGUUUUUGGCAUCGUGGCUCCCGGAGACGAAGGGGAAAUCUACUAUGGAGGAGGUUUGGGGCCUGCGGGAGGAGAGGAGGGUUGAUUAGAUUAUAUUUGCUUUCUCGUCCCAUGUAUUUCGUAUUCCUCCAAGUUUUUUCCUCUUGUUUUCUUCCUUCGCGGGAUUGGGAGCUACGAGCUCGUCUAAUUUCUUUAUCAAUGUCAUAGUGUAGAUCAAGAUAUGUGGUAAUAAGUGCAUGUGCUAUACUGGUCAUAUUAUUUUCUUCCACUUUCAUACCCGCUAUCUCAAUAAAUCGUUCAUUUUGAAAAAGUUAAACACUUAGUACGGCGGCUUGUUGUAGCAAAUAAUAAAUAUACUUUUCACAUAAUUCCACAGACGUAGCACAGGA